UUGGACUCUGAAGUAGUGCAAGGCCUUGUGAUCCACAAUAUUUAUAAACUCUCUCUCUCUCUCUCUCUCUCUCUCAUACACAUAUUUAUAUAUAGUAUAUGAAUAUGAGACUAUGAAUAACAAGUAUUAUAUGGAAUAGAAUAUAUCUGUGCACUGCUGGACCUGUCUGAGGCACCUCUUCCACAAAACUUGAAAAAUAUUGGGCUAGGCACUGGGAUUUGUUUGCCAUGCCUCAAACCCCAAAUGCAACAUCUCUUUGGUUUCUGUGUGAAAGAAAAAGAAUCUCGAAUUCUUCUUCUGUUGUAUUUUAUUCUCUCUAUUUCAGCAGCAGCAGCAGUAUAUAGUACUGAUGCGAAUGUGAGGAGGAAACUUUCAAAGUUGGGUUAUAAGCAAAUAGCUGUGGUGAUUUUCCCGGAAAAAAAGUUUUUUUCUCUUCAUCAUUUUCUUCAGGAAACUUCAAGUUGUGAUCUCUCCUCAAUUCAUGAGAAUCGUACAGGGUAUCGUUCGUUCAUCUGUAACGGUGUCAUUAAUGAGAUUCCUGGUUUUGAUCUUUGCCAUGUUUCUAUACAUUAACUCACAGGCUUAGAAACAAGGAAGGGACUAUAUCUUGAGAGUGGAAUCUGAAAGAAUUCAACUUUCAUCAUCUAGGGUUUCUAAUUCAGAUUAAAGUACUUGUAGAAGGGUCGAUAAAGUGAGACUAAUUACUAAGCUCCAAUGGAGAGGCUGCUUAAGCCAUAUGACAAGGAACACAUGAAGAUGGCCAUGUUGAAGCAUGAAGAAACCUUCAAACAACAGGUGUAUGAACUUCAUCGUCUAUAUCGGAUCCAGAAGAUACUGAUGAUGAAAACCAGCACUGACCAAAAUAGCAAGCCAAAGGGACAAAAUCAAGAAAGAUGGGAUUCUAGGAGUGGAAUCAGUUUGAAUCAGAUGAUGAAUAAUAAUAUCCAUCAAAAGCCUCCACCAGAGCUUGACUUGGAACAACCCGCCGAAGAGUAUGUUAUGGAAUGUGAUGGGGAUGGAGAGCUAGAGAUUGAAGACGAGAACGAAAUCCGACUCACUUUAGGCCCCACCAGUUACUACAGAAGAAGAAAGAAAGCGGAGACGCCACCCAGUUCAGAUUCUGGACCAAGCUUUUCUUCCUCUUCAGGCACAGAUAUAAGUAGAGAAGAAACAAGAGGUCAAAAAUGGGGGCUAACCAUGGUGCCUGACUCAAAUUAUGGAUUCCAAAGUGCAAGAAAAAACAGUUUUGAUGUGGAAGAGGAACAGUUGAGCUUGAGCCAAGAUAGGCUACAACAGGCUCCUUGGCUUUUCCAAUCUUUGAGACUGAACAUGACUUGACAAAAAUCUUUGGAGUCAGUCAGUCAGUGUGAUAAUGAUUUUAUUAGAAUGCAUUUUAUCAACUAAUUCUAUGAUAGAUGGAUGAUCAUCAUCAUCAUAAUGUUUGUGUUGAAUACUUGUCCUUUUUGUUUCUACCAUAAUGGGUGAUGGAGUGUGAAGAUGAUUUAUUUCUCAUUUUUUGUUUUUUUUUCUUACACAGUGAUCAAUCAAAUCAGACACAAUCUUCGUAUAUUAA